AUGGACGACCCCUUCAGCAAACUACCGGUUGAGAUUAUUUACGAGAUCCUUAGUCUAAGUACCGACUUUGUUGGGACUGACAGCCUUCUCUCAGUCUCGCCAUGGGUUCGAGCUAUCUUCGACACCAAACCACGCCCUAUAACGCUCGGCCUCUUUUCGGCCAAUUCAGGAAUCCAAACAGCAUCGCUUAAGCAGCUCUACCAGAACAUAGCGGUAAUCCGUCACCCACACGCCUAUUACUCGAGCCAUGAAGAGUAUAAAAAUGCACGUCCGUUAGAGGGCCUUCCGGAGCACAUGAGCGCCGCAGAACUAUCGGAUCUAAUCCACAUCGCUGCGCAAAAUCAACGUCUGACUGGCAUUGUUUUGGCCACGAUGCAUCACAACUUCACCACCGCUAUUGAAAACACGUCGUUUGGCCCACCAUCGUCGGGCCAUUCCCGCGCGCAGAAAAUCAAAAGCGAGCCUUUUUCUUGGAUCGAGCACCACCGCGUUUCCUGGGCCAUCUGGCGGCUUCAGCACUUCUCCGCUCUUCAGACAGCGGCCAAAGGCCACUGGAACUGGUCCGCCGAGUCUCGGUGCACUGGACUAGAUGGGUAUAUGAAGCGGCAUUGGCUCUCCCAUUGGCUAUCUGAGCAAGUCUGGACCGUAGCCGCCAUCCUAGCUGAUCUAGGUCUCAACCCGUCGUACCGAAACCAGAAUAUGCACAGGCUAAAGAGCUACACCAAUUUCCCUCCAGCAUGGAUCACCAGUGAGCUUUUGGACGCGCAUACGCAAGAACCUCCCCUGCCCAUCUUUUUCUAUCCUCGGAAAAACACCCCGCUCCCGUUCUUCCCUUCGUUCGAAGUACCGCCCCGAUACUCUGACAACGUCUACUGCCCUCCCCCAGCACCACUGCCCACGCCCGUAAACAGGGACUGGGGCCGCAUGCGCCAUCCGCGCACCUACAAUAAGCCAACACUACCAGCGAUGAAGUUCCAAGACCGCUGCGAAAGAAUGACGUGGCUUCAACCACCCAACUACGACAUUUGGGACAUGCGUCCCUUCCGUCGGCUCGGCGUCGUGAUUUGGGAUCCGUGGCGGAUGUACCUGGCCGGUUUGUCGGACUGGGACGUCUUGGAGGGAAUCCCGACGCCUGAUGGGGGCGUUGUUGAGGAGGAGGGGUUGGAGUCCCUUGAGGGAUAUCGGCAGUCACUAAUGGGCGAGGAGGAGAUUCAGAGGAGGUGGCUGGCGCUGAUCGGGAGAUAA